AUGGCCAACUACUACGAAGUGCUGGGGGUGCAGUCGAGCGCCUCCCCGGAGGACAUCAAGAAGGCCUACCGCAAGCUGGCCUUGCGCUGGCACCCCGACAAGAACCCCGACAACAAGGAGGAGGCCGAGAAGAAGUUCAAGCAGGUGUCCGAGGCUUACGAGGUCCUGUCCGACUCCAAGAAGCGCUCCAUGUACGACCGCGCGGGCUGCGACGGCUGGCGGGCGGGUGGCGGGGCCAGCACCCCCUACAGCAGCCCCUUCGACUCGGGCUACACCUUCCGGAACCCCGAGGACAUUUUCCGUGAGUUUUUCGGCGGCCUGGACCCCUUCUCGUUUGACUUCUGGGACGCCCCUUUCAACAGUGACCGCGCUGGCCAGGGCCACGGCCUGAGGGGGGCCUUCUCGGCCGGCUUCGGCGAGUUCCCGGCCUUCAUGGAAGCCUUCUCGUCCUUCGACACCCUGGGCCGGGCCGGCGGCGGCAGCACCAGCCGCACCACCUUCUCGUCCACCUCCUUCGGCGGCUCGGGCGCCGGCAGCUCAGGCUUCAAGUCGGUGAUGUCGUCCACCGAGAUGGUCAACGGACACAAGGUCACCACCAAGCGCAUCGUGGAGAACGGGCAGGAGCGCGUGGAGGUGGAGGAGGACGGGCAGCUCAAGUCGGUGACCAUCAACGGCAAGGAGCAGCUCAAGCGGGUGGACAACAAGUGAGCGCCCGGCCGCCCGGGGCCGCUCGCCCGCCGCCCGCCGCACAGGCCGCCAGCGUGGCUGAUGGUUAAUAAAUGUGCCAAGUGAG